UGGUCUCCCAGCGGUAUAAACGAGGUCGAAAACAGAGGGCCAAUACCGCCGAAAGACGAGGGCCCGUCGAAAAUACAUUCUGGUAAGGAUCGUAAAGAUGCCCAUUCUCCCUAGUUUUCCAAUCUCGCUCUCAGUCAGGAGUCCUGUUCGCAGUUUCUACAGUCUCGCCCUCAGUCCGGAGCUCCGUUCGCAGUUCUACAGUACCCUUCUUCAGUUCCAGUUCCAUCAGGUUCGGAGGUAGUCGACGCUAUCAACGCUCCACGCAGCCAAAAUCCUCGACGCCUAUUCCAAGAUACGUCUUUGACUAUGGCGCCACGACGCACUAUUAAAAAGGGCGAAGCCGGAGAACAAGAGGCAAAGGAGCGUCUAGCUGGCUUCCAGAGCAAGCCCCUCGACGAUACGGUCCCAGUGUCGGACAGAACUACCUACAAGCGCGGCUACGCCAUGUGGCUCUUCAAGGAAUACGUUCGCGACGUCCUACACCGCGAGCCGGACGAUACCUGGUUAUCCCUUUGCAGCUCUUCACCAGUGGAGGUAGCCUUGGCUCAGGAUACAUGUCGUGCCUUUCUCCAGACCUAUGUCUCCGACUCUUCGGUCUCCCGGGUUGCGUUGGGAGACCAAGAAUCCGAGGAGGUCCGACAGGUUAAUCGAGUAUCAAGCGUCCUGACAGUCUGGAGAGCUCUUGUGCAGGAAGGAGACGAAGCAGUCCUUGCCCCCAAAAGAAGAGAGAACAGGCACGCCGCGAGGCAAUGGAGGCUCGUCAAUCCAAGUGGAAAACUGAUUUCAGGCCCCGUAUGGGAGGUUUCCAAUUGGAUUGUCCACGACCUUCCUUUGCUUACCGGUAUCUCUAACGAACUCAAGCGCCAAAAGCGGGCUGCGACUGCUCAGGAUAUAGUAGUCAUUAUGCAGGCUCUCCUAAAUCGACAUCGCGAUAUCCUCCACUCUACGGCACAACUUAGCGACUUCGCUAUGAUCGUGCUCUGUAUGGCUAUUGGCGGAUUCCGGACUAACUGUCCUAGAAACCUGAAGUAUGCAGACGUCAGGAUAGGACUCGCCAACGUUGGCGGGAAAACGAACGCGUUCGUACGAAUCCGAAUGCCAGAAAACAAACUGCGAGUGGCUUCCCUAAAGCCUGCGAGCCCGGGGCGCGAGUUUGCCGUGGCCAUUUUACCAUGCCGACUGGUAUGCCUUGCGAGUCACGUCAUUGGCCGCGCUCUAGCACGGCGUGCUUUCAGGGCCGGAUAUACGUCCUUUGAUCAAGUUUUGACCUGGCCCAACCUUCGAGGUUGCAAAGUCCUUUUCCUUCCUUGGGCACAAGGCCUGGGCGAUCUCCCAUUCGUCGAUAUCAGCGGGUCGCAGUUCUACAGGAUAUGGUAUCGCUGCUGCGAAGUCGCCGGCAUGGAGGAUCCUCCGAUCCCCUACUCUAUGCGUGUCGGUUCCGGGGGCAAAAUUAUUGGAAUUCUCGGCGAGUUGCUUGGGAAUUGGAUGCUUAUGCACAAAUCGAAUACUCACCAGGAGUAUUAUUUCCCGGAUUACGUGUCUCAGAAUCUAGCGCGUGUCACGCUGGGCGUGCUCGCGCCUCCUGAAGAUGCCCUUUUCUCCCUUCUGUCGGACUUAUCAUCCACGGCGGAUCCCUUUGCCCCAUGCCACCUGAGUGAAGAAGAGUUUAAAAAGCUUCUUGAGAGACGAGAUGUCCAAGCUCUUCAGGACCAUAAGACAGGACAGCGCAACCUAUUGGACCAGUUAUCCUACUUAGCUAUUCGAGAGAAGCGGGAGAAAUACUUUCGCAAUAUGGAAGAUGCACGGGCGCUGGGUGGCAAUAUCACCAUUACCGAGUCGCAGAUUUCGAACAGCGACGUCAUCGUUGAUGCAACCCCCGUUGAUGAAGAAGGCCGGGCUUCAUUUAUUGAGUUACUGGCUAGCUACUCCCGCCUUUUGAAGAGAAGCAAGAAGAAUGACCCUAACCGAAACGUUCCAGAUCUAUGUCCUCGGUCUAUCUGCGUUCUUUGCGAUCCGACUGGGAAGGCUUUAUCUUUCUCACAACAUUCGUCUCUCACCAGGCACUAUCGGAUCAUACAUUUACGGCAUGGUCACCUAGACGAAAUGCGCGAAUGCCCAGUUCCUGGCUGCGGCUUGGCUAUUGACGCGGGCGUAUCUCCGUUUUACUGUCACUUAGAACGCCAGCACGGCAAAUACUAUACGCCCGCUGCUCAUCGACACAUCGAACGUUCAAUCUGCGUCCUUUGCGAUCCGACUGGGCGUCGGUUGUCCUUUUCCCAGCGCCAGAAUUUGACAGCACACUUUAAGGCUGAUCAUCUACCCUUGGGACAUCUCGAUCAAGCUCGUCAAUGCCCAGUUCCUGCCUGCGGGUCAAAGAUUCAAGCUGGAAUACAACCAUUUUGCGAUCACUUGCAGCGCACGCAUGGGAAGCAUUACACGCCUCAUCUAUGCAACAAUGGGUUAAAGCAGCGUGAACAUCAUCGAUCGUAUAGGCGAGUUCAACCAACAUCCGAAUUUCAGAAAAAGAGCGCAGUUGCAAUUAGAGCAAAACGGAAAGCAGUUGAUGAUAUUGGGAGGCCCGACUUUGAUCUGCUCGAGCAAACGCUCCAGGACGAAAUCUUUGCUGUAGAUUCGGAUGAAGACCCGGUUGCGAAGAAACGAAAGCAAAACGUAGUUGCAGAUUAUUAAAGAGUUCUAAGUUGGGCAACAGUUGAUAUGUUUGACAGCAUCAGAAUCAUUCGGCUCGUUAAUGAAUUUGGAUAUAACCUAGGAGGAAAUUGCAGCGUAACUCAUUCCCUUCCGACCUUCGAUGCUAUGAUAUUUAUAAAUCAUCAUCGGAGAGUCGCUGAAACGCCUUCAUCUGCAAAUACAUGGCGUCACGAUAUUGUUCAUGAGAAGAACCCGUCUCCCGCGACGAGAUCGAUGAUGUACAAGCUGACUUAGCCUCCCCUCCAUUUAACGGGAGGACACUCGGUUCUAUUGGGGAACUUGCCAAAAAUCCAAUGCCAUGGCUUGCCUUCUCUUUCUUCAAGCGCUAUUCAUACACCGGCUCUCACCGCAAAUAUCUCCGAGUAUCGAUACCUCAUGAUAGUCAUCUACAUUAAUAGUCGCAUAGCCCAGGUCACAGUGUUCGC